AUGACCACGAGAGUGGAAACGAGAAAUUUGGUAUGCUUGCUGGUGUAUAUCCUGAUUCUGGUUGUUCCUGCGCAGGCAGGAGACACCUUUCACAAGCGAGCAGAUUCGUCAGGAGGGCUGUCACUUCAGGACGAUGCUACUGUGAGCUCUGAGAGCUUAGCAAUGUCAACGGACUCCAGUGAUUCACAUCCAACCGGGUCGACCAAUCUCCCGACGAGCACUUCUCCUUCAUCUUCCUUCGAGAGCUACGUUGAUUCUGAUCCAAACAGCAUUGUGAUCUCUUCAAGCGGUGGCUCAGAUCAAAAAAACUCGCCCUCCGUAACUUCAAGUCUCGUGGCUACAACUUUUGCUACGACGAGUGCGGCAUCCGUCACUACUGCUGGCAGUGGUGACACCGGGAGCAAAUCUUCGAGCCCAACGGGUCCAACUUCUACUUCUAGUGAAUCGUCAACGAUCGUCCCAGGUUCAAACACUCAACAAAGCUCAUUUGCAAUACAUUCCAGCUCUGCGCCCUCAAAUUUUGCCGAAAGCUCCUCGCCAGAAGAAAAGUCGACCAAUGCAGACAAGAUUUCGAGCUCGGUGCCAUUACAGGCCCUCACAUCUACAGAAUCUGCCCCAGGGUCAACGCUCAAGCCAUCUGGGUCAACGCUCAAGCCAUCUGGCUUUGAUAUACAAAGCGGAUCUUCCGAAACUACAUCGUCGUCUCUUUUUACAGGUACCUCGAGCGAGAGUCCAUCAGAUUCACCUACCUCUGUGAAUACUCCAAGUCAAACAUCAUCGUCGCCCACCACGUCAUCUACUUCUACAAGCACAUCGCGCGAGAGUCCAUCAGACUCACCCGCCUCUGCUAGUACCCCAAGCCAAACAUCAUCGUCGCCCACCACGUCAUCUACUUCUACAAGUACUUCGAGCGAGAGUCCAUCAGAUUCACUUACCUCCGUGGGCACUCCAAGUCAAACCUCAUCGUCGCCCACCAGCUCGUCCACUUCUACAAGUACGUCGAGCGAGAGUCCAUCAGAUUCACCUACCUCUGUGAAUACUCCAAGCCAAACAUCAUCGUCACCCACUAGAUUCAGUGAUAACACUGGAACAUCAACGACAUCAGAGGUCGAAGAAACAUCCUCACCUAGGACAGGCUUUCUGUUGACUAGUCACGCCACUGCUUCUUCCACAACCGACACACAGACGCUUGGUUCGAGCAGCCUCGACGCCUCUUUCACCAAAACUACGAGCACGUCGACAGCGUCCGACAAUGUGACGCCCAUCAGCGAAGUCAUUGCUUCGCUUUCUGCAGCGCAGAAAUCUAGCAGUGGCUUAACCUCCUCAACAGGCAGUACUAGCCUGGCGAUUUCAACUACUGAGACUGCAUCCAACGUGGGAACAUUUUCCAGUCCAAACCCAUCAUUUACUCGAAGUCCUCAAGCGUCUUCAGCUGCAGGGAAUUCAGGCACUGAUACUUCCAGUGUGAGGGUGUCAGAUACCCCUGCUGAAAAAUUCUCUCCCACUGGCAGCAGUAUCAGCUCAUCAACUUUUGGGAAAGAAUCUACGAGCAGGGGCUUUUCGGAGGUUUCGCAACCAAGUAUCGAUUCACCCACUAGAACUCCCAGCUUUGCCUAUUUAACCGGCAGCGCUUUCCAUGAAUCUCUCAGCGCUCUUCAUAAGUCUUCAGCCGGCAGUCUUGAUUCGCUUGUCACUGCCGCUACUGAAACGUUCACGAGCUCUGAUCACUUCUCUGCUGCGACUUCGCUGUCCGCUACUAGCACAUCACCAUCAACUGAGGAUUCGGGUGUUCAUCCGUCGUACACCAGCGCCAACGAAAUUUCAUCCUCGUCCACUGCAGAGGCACAGGCAUCAUCCGUAGGUGCCUAUCCUUCAAAGCCGACUACCGCUGUAGAAAUAUCAUCGACAGGUACGACAGGUUCGUUUUCUUCCGUCAUGGCGGCAUCAUCAUCUCCCACUUUUACUCAAAAACCAUCAGAGACUUCUGAUGAGCGUACAUUCACGACUGAGGCCAGUCCAUCGUUUAUUGCGAGUGACGAAUCGAGAACGUCCAUCGCAAAUACCGCCUACUCCAGUGACACAUCCAGUGAUAGCUCACCGUCUGCAGCCAAUUCUGAUCCUCAACUAAACACUCGAGUACCUACGAACCCUAGUUCAACGGCCGGAAGCACAGAAAGUGCACACAGCAUGUUUUUCAGUCAGACAAUGACUUCCAAUAAUUUUCGAACUCUUUCGUCAGUCAGAAGUGACGGGGAUACUCGAAGUAUGGGAGUUUUGUCUAAAACAACGGGGAGCAGCCAUGACGACAAAUCCACAACAGUUCCAACUCCAUCUGUGCUAUCACCUAAUACACAAUCAAGCACGAAUGUGCAAAAUAGCUAUACUUCACGAGUGACUUUCCUCUCUCCAAGUUUCUCAUCCAACGUUUUGUCCUCGCCGUUACGAUCAAGUUUUGAAUCAGCACCCCUCACAGGGACGCCAUCGGUCACCAGCAGAGGAGCUUCUCGAAUCACCGCUUCUUCUACCGACACCUCCACAUCUCCGUCAAAUCAAAUAGUUUCAUUCGUUGCCACAAGUGAGCAAGCUUCUUAUGAAACAGGACUUCAGAGUCUUUCCGCAUCCUCCUUGAACGCACCAUCAGCAACCAUAAUAUCUGCAACGCCAUCGCAUUCUGAUGAAAUCUCAGAGGCUUUUACGGGAUCUCAUAGUGCUAGUGCAACUCCUCAAUUCACGUCUUCCCCUUUAUUGAAAACCAGUGUUUCUGUUUCAUCAUACCGAGCAACACAAUCACGCAGUCUGACCAAUAUUUUCUCUAAUUCACAACCAGCCGUUGGGACUACGAACGCGCCACCCAGCGGCAUCUCAUCUUCCGUCCUGAAUUCUUUAGCGAUUUCUGCUUCUAAAUCUGGAGCUUCGAUUUCAGAUUCUGGUUUUUUGACAAAGUCCUCAUCUGUGGGCGGGUCUUUUGUAAGUGGUGGUAUAGUCACUUCUGCGCAAAGCUCUGGGCGGUCGUCACUGAAGCCCAACUAUCUUUCUUCACUGCCAAUCCAAUCAGAAACCUCUUUCUUGGAAUCAACGCUUCCUCACCUGUCAAGUGCAACAUACUUCACAAUCCCAACUGCGAAACCGUCCAGUGGGGAAUCAAAUUCUUAUGGAGUGUUGACUCGAAAAUCCAGCUCUAGUGCAUCUUUGACAACACCCGAUGUGCUCGCUUCCUCUGAUACCCGCUCAUUCGAGACUGCUUCUUCAUCCGUGGCGACCUCGAAAACAUAUGUUCAGUCAGAACGAUCUAGCUUUCAAAGCAGCCAAAAGCCGGUAGGUAUGACAAUGUCUCGUGAGAGUAGCCACUUCGCAGAAACAGGAACUUCUGUGUCUUCGACCUCAGUAAGUGGACGUAUGUCAUCUUUCGCGCAAACUCUCUCCGAGUCCUCUGUCUCUUCGGCGCGCACCGCUGCGAGCAAUACGAAAAUACCCGACUCAGCUUUCGUCACAUCUAGUGGAUCUCAGCUUCUCACAAAGACCUCGGCAUCCGCGGCUAGCGGGAGCUUAUUAUCGGGAGUGGAGCAUUCGACGAGUGAUACCUCGGUGUUAAAUGCGUCGUCGGAGCCCUCGUCCACCUCCAAGGACAUCAUAAAUAGCGGGACAUCCAACUGGCUCCCUACAGGGCUUCUAACGGCACCGCCGUAUGAGAGUGCCAGUUAUCAGUCAAGUUUUGACGCUCAAGCAACAGCAACCCUACCGCAAGUCAUUUUACCGACUGCUCCCGUUCUUGAGCCGAAAAACUACUCACAAAUCACUGUGGGCUUCAAGAGAGCUCUGAACUAUCCAUUUCUAAUCGAAAAUCCUCUAGCCUCAGCACAGAUAUUCAGUUUCCUUCCGGGAAUUUUAACGUUUCCUUUCACGAGCUGGCAAGACCAUCAUCGAAACGCUACUACAAGCAGUCGAUUGGAAAACUUGAAUAUGACUGCUCUCUCGAAAAAAACCAAUGAAAAGUGGAAGCAUAGAAUCAGUUCACGAUCCGAUGAUCAAAAUCAAGGCUCUGGGACUAUAAUUGUCAAAGAAUCUAGAUCGCAUGGAAAUUUUUCCGGAGCGUUCCGUGCCAACUUUUCAGGCGUCGCCGUAAGUGAAAUUAUGCCGUUGAUAGUCGCUGGUGACCGAUACAUCAGUUCGAUUGCGGUUGUUUAUUUCCCGACAGAUGCUAUUAACGUUUUACAGAAGAUGGUUUUGAACAACAAUUCGAGAAUAUACGCGAACCCCGAUCCUGCUUUGAAAUCAUUGUCACUAUUGAUAGACCCCACCAUACCUCUUACGGGGCUCAUUGACCCAAACAUUCCAGGGUCCAGUGGUUCUUCAGGAGGGUCCGGCUCAUCAACGGGUACUGGCGGGGGAGGCACUGGGGCUAAAACCGGCUCAGGGAAAAAAGCCACUAAAAGCGGAUCAGGCGCACUAAAUGGUUAUAACCUCUUCGAUGUGACUUUCAACAAAGGCAAAAGACUUAUUAUUUUGAUACCCAUAUUUCUGUUUUUCCUAGCUACCUGGGUGUUAAUCUUAUUUGCACUCUUCGCGCGCCUUUUUCGGUUGACUCCAGUAAGACAGCACUUUGAGCAGAAAGAGAAAGAAUGGAAUGUUGAUGAACGAACUGUACAGGGUUUCUUCAUGGCACCAUUUAGUCGCCGCCCGUCUCGUAUAUCAAGAGACCUGGAGAAAUAUCUCGGAAGUCACAACAUGCCUGGCGGCAGCAGUAGCUCAGAAGCUUCUGAAGAUGACGAUUUAAUACCCAUGAGUAACAAUAUGGUUUUCAGUAAAAGUACUGGCCUGUAUUAUCAAACGGAUGAGGACGGCAACUUCUAUUUCGCCGGAACUCCUGCUGGUGCUUAUGCUCCGGUACUAAAUACUGAUGCAAGCGGCCCACACUCCCAGCGCAAUGGAGAUGAAUUGGCAUCUGGAUCACGUUUUGGCGGGGAACAGCGCUCAACGUCAAUUGCACAGACUCAUCAGGCUUCAGAGUUUGAUGAGCUGGACGUUGAUGACGAAGGAAACGUUGAAUUGUCUGUCUUAGAUUUUGAACGACUUUCUUUGGACCAAAAUAACACUGACACUUUCGAAAGUUACAAUAACGAAAACUUUUAUAGGUUGAAUCAGUUUUUGGGCGGUUUGUCAGACACAGAGAAUGCACAAUCACCCACACCUUUGACGACCGGGACGCAAGAAGCAAUUUCCAAUAGCAAUAGCGAUUCCAAAGCCAAUGUUCUCUCGAAUGAUAGUUCCAAUCUGAUGGGACAACUUUCCACUGAAGAUCAAAAUUUUGAGGAAUAUUUCUACAGUGAAGGACAUGGAGGAGAGAUGGACCCUAAUGACGUUGGUAUAGAACGUCACAUGGAGGACGGUUCUGAUAACAGCUCUUUUGAAGGAGCUUACAUGGAAAAUGCAGAUGACGUUGAAGAUUUUGACAUGAGUUCUGCAUCGCCUAGUGACGACGAUGAUGAAGUCAACGAUGUACAUGUGGGUGAUUUUGAUGAGUUGGAUGAAGUGAUGUAUAGAAGGUUAUCGACUGCCAGUGGUCUCACAGGGGCUUUGGGUGGGUCUUCGAGCUCUAAUACCUAUGUGAGUGGCAUACCGAGAAUACACUCUGCAAGCCGGGUUUCGUCAUUUGGUAAUACCCACUCCCUUUCUGCCUUUUCUGGUAACUCAGAAACAGGAUUUUUGGAAGGCACUAGAAGCGCGCCAUGGGCGGGACGAGCGCCAGAUAACUCUCACCAAGAUUCUCGCGGAGAGGCUAAUAGUGUGCGCCCACAACGACCUCCUAGACCAAACUCUGUCAUAAGUCUCGAAAGAGACGACGAAGACGACGAAGUGUUGACGCACCCUCGAGUCGCCUCGUCUACUGCUAUGAUUAGCGAAGAACAUUCGGCUGAACGUAAGGAAAAGAGAAAUUCAAGGAGAGCAAAAGUCCGGCUGUCAACAAUGGAGCCUCCCGAGACAACUCCGGUCAAGGUUCAAGAAAGGUCUAAGAGUGCUUUUGCAUCGCGCCAAGACAAAUCAGUGCGGGCGAGCUUCCGUCAGUCGAUUGCCUCCACUUUGCACGGCGCCAACAUUUUUCAUGGAAGCGGCCGCUCGCGGUCAUCCACGGUUCAUGAAAUGGGACCUCACGGGCAUACCAAGGAUGCUCUGCAUAAAAUACAAAUUUCGGGACCUAUUUCCUCAGAGAAUUCUCUGGGCUGGGCCGAGAAUUAG